UGACACAUGCGGCGUAUGACCAUUAUUACUAUCAUGCGCAGGAGUUUAUUUGAUAUAAGAAAGCACUAUGAAUCAUAGAUUAGUUGAUUAAUUGUUGUGAUUAGGAGUAUAGGCAUAUAAGUUCGAUAGUUUCUAAAAUCGUUAGUUUAUUUACUUUAUAUCAUCUAAUAACAGUGUAAAAUCAUGAAAACUUUCUGGAUCAUUGUACUCACCCUUAUAAAUUGUCUGGUGACUUUGAAACCUGAAGAUGCCUUUCCAAUACCAAAUAGACAAUUCACGUGUGAGGAUAAACUGGAAAACAAUGAAGCACCACACCAAUUCCGGCAUGUUAUUAUUGGUGGUCCUCCCCGAACUAAUUUAAUUGAAGGAUGGUCAAAUUUUGUCCAAGAGUACAAUCAAAUAGAAACAUUGAUAAUUAAUGACUGCACGAUUGAAGAUGCAGCAUUGCUAAAUUUUAAGAAGUACACAGAGUUAGGACGUCUUCAAUUAAGCCACCUUGAUCUAGAUAAAUUCGAUUUGGCCAAAUUGGCAAACAAUGUCCGUUUAAGUUGCUUGAAUUUAGACAAUAAUCCAAUUGCGACUUUCGAAAAUGAUGCGCAAAUCACUCUUACGGAUUUAAGCUUGAUGAACACUAGUUUGAUUGCAUUGCCAGAUCCAUCUUUGCAUAUUACGAAACAUUUGGAAACUUUGAAUUUUACCAGUAAAUUUAUUCAAAUUAGCCGAAAAGAAGCCUGUGAAACAUAUAAAACACUGCUUAAAUUCAAUGGCGUGCCAUGUGCGCAGAUGAACACAGAUAGUGUAAGUACUCGUACAACUGAACCGACCACUCAAGAGGAUCACGAACCACAAACUUCAAAUUCAUGUAGACCUGAGUCAAUGGGCAUUAACAAAACAUUGCUCUACGCAAUAAUUAUUUAUGUAUGUGCACAAGUUAUCAGCGCUUUACCAUUAUCCGAUUCUUCGACGACCAAUAUUAAUACGAAAUCUCUUCAUCUGGAGUCAAAAAGCAUUUCUACAGUGGACAACGAUCGUCUUAAAUCAUUUCCAAAGUUGACUUAUCUACAUUUAAACAAUAACAGCUUAACUACUUUAAACAUCAAUACUCCAAAUCUACAUUAUAUUAACUUAGACAACAAUGCCAUCAAAAAUAUUCAAAAUGAAGACUUUGAUGGAAUACCUAAUAUAGAAACAGUCGUUCUUAGUGGAAAUAACAUUCGAAAGAUUGACUGGGACCUGGAUUCUGUGCUUCAUCGCAUCAAUGAAAUUGAUUUAUCACGCAAUCUGGCUCUGCGCUCUGUGCAUAUCAAAUCAAAGACCUUAGAAAUUCUUUCGUUAGCCAAUGAUAAUAUUGAUGACUUAGAAUUGGACACACCUUCUCUAACAUUGCUGGAUUUUCGUAAUGGUUAUUUUAGUGAUGGUGGUUUAGACGCCAUAUGUAGAAGAUAUCCGCGUUUAAAUUUGACUAUUUCUCACAUACAAGAAAGUGAUGCUACUGCGCAGUUUUACGAUUGCAAGAAAGUUAUGGAAAAAGAAAAAGAAAAUAUAACUGAAGAUGAUGUUCAUGAUGAAGUACCUGAAAAAAUGGCGGGGUGUGAGUAUAGCACAUUAAGAGUCAAUAUAGACGAUGUGGUGUUGAGUGCUGAGAGUUACAAUAUGUUAUGUUGGCUGUUUAUAAUCAUGAGUAUAAUGGUUAUUGUCUUAUUUAUAAUGCUUGCGUAUUUUAUUGUAAAAUGGAAAAUUGAUUGAAAAACAAGAGUUUUUCUUAUAAUAUUGGAAUUGCCAAAAUCGUUACAGAGGAAAAAGAUGGAUAAAAAAGAGGAAAAAGAUGGAAAAGAGGAUAUGGUGAAGAGAAAGCAUCAAAAAGUUUUAAUGCCAACACUUUUCCAAACUUCGUGAAUAGAAUUCUAAUCUCGCAAGCAAACAAAAACAAAACUUGUUAUACAUUUCACUUUAUUAAUUAACUACAACUUAUGUAAAUGGUACUCUACUUAAGUCACAAUCAUUAUAUCAUAUGCGUUUAAAUUCUAUUAUAAAUAUUUACGAUUUUAAGUUUGAAAUAAAAGUUUACAUCAACCAAAUAAUAAGACUUAGACUGAUAACAGGGUAGGUGCUAUAUACAUAAUGAAAUUAUCAAUAAACAUUUAGGAAUAUCA